CUCGAAUAGAUCAACGCAGUUAUAUAAGCUCAUCAAACUAAACUAGUUUGUGUUUCUUCACAUUCGGUCCUGAGAGCUAUGGCGAAGCUGAGACCAAUCAAAGUUUCAAUCUUUACCGUUCUGUUGAUCUCGGCAUUGGUGUCGAUGUCGGAGUGCGCGAAGAAGCCGGCGAGUGUGGCGAGGAAGGAGGACAUUCCCUUCAUCAAAUGCCAAGUGUGUGAGAAGCUGGCAGCUCAGUUGCACCACCAAGUUGAGAAGAAGAGAGCUGAGAUCCAACCCAAGAAGAUCUCGGAGUAUCAGAUCAUUGAGAUUACGGAGAAUGUUUGCAAUUUGAAGAAGGCGGAAGCGGAUUGGAUUUUGCUGAUUGAUAUAGUUGAGCAAGGAGAUAAGUUGCAGCUGGUGGAACAAGAAUCUGAAGGACAGUGUAAUUCGGAAUGCAAGACGAUCGAGCGAGCGUGUCAGGAGGUUCUGGGGUAUUCUGAUACCGAUGUUGCUGAAUAUCUAUACAAAUCCAAACCUGACAUUGGUUCCUUUGUUAAUUAUCUAUGCAAAGACCUGUCUACAGCGUGCAGUAUCAAGCCUCCACCAGUUCCUAAGGAUAGGACUCCUGGAGAAGUUUUUGUGCCCAAGUCAUCGAAAGAGGCUGAAAUGGAAAAGAUAUUAAAAUCUAUGGAGGGUAUGCCAGGAGCCCCAGGCAUGAAAAUGUACUCCAGGGAUGAUUUGAUGAACAUGAAGAACUUUGGCGGGGAAGAUGGUGAAGAGGAAGUUGAUGACGACGACGAAGCUCAGUUCCCCUCAAAAUUGGGAAAGGCUUUGAGAGACAAAGAAAGUACAAAGAGUGAUCUUAAACAGAAGAUCACCCAUGGAAUUGUAAAGACCAAGGACACACUAAAGAAGCAUGCAAACAAAGUCUCCAACUGGUUGCGGCAAAGGUGGAGGGGACUUAAAAAGGCAGCUUCGAAGAAGAGUACGAAGGCCGGCAAGGCAGAGCUUUAGACCACUGAAUCACACUACUAUAGGAAUUGUAUUAAAGCAAUUACAGUUUUGUUAGAAUUGUAUCAAUAUGAUUUCGCCAUUGCCGGCAAGUAGGAAGUUGAGAGAGAACUACAGUUCUAUGAAGUUCUUGUUUCCAUCACUUUGAAUUGAACACAUAGCAACUUUAGCACUAUGAUCUUGCCAUUGCCAUCAACUUCAGCAAUUUGCUAGUUUACAGGGGUUGGAAAAUCAGUUUUACUGGAUAGACCCAUUUGCUAGUUUACAGGAGUUGAAAAAAUCAGAGUUUUACUGGAUAGUGCAGAGAAUAGGAGUUGAAAAAUUUGCUAUUUCAAUUUUUUUUU